UAUUUUAUACAGCACAAAUGCUAACAGUUUCAAUGGGAAUUGUAUCACCAACUCACUGUCUUCCAUCAAUCUCCUUAUAUGUUUAUGCUUCUUCUCUUACACUCUCAUGCAAGGCUAAGACCAUUCAUCAAUUCACAAAAUCUUCUGUUCACUCCAAAUCAUUAGAGGAAGCCAUGGGGGGUACAUCGCAGUUGGUGCCAUUGCCGUUGUUGGCGAAUGACAAAUACACAGCAAGCACCAUUCCUUGGAGGUUCCCUUCCGACGAUCCACACAUUCCCACUGCCACCGAGCUAUCUUGGAUUAAUCUCCUCCACAAUACUAUCCCCACCUUCAAGAAGCAUGCUGAGAAUGAUGCUUCUGUUCCUGAUGCUGCAAGUAAAGCUGAAACUUUUGCUCAAAGGUAUGCUAGAAUACUUGAAGAUUUCAAGCAAGAUCCCGCAGGUCAAGGCGAGCCUCUUGAUAUCUUUCUUCUAUGCAGACUUCGUGAGCAAGUCCUCAGGGAACUCGGAUUCUCAGAUAUCUUCAAGAAAAUAAAGGAUGUAGAGAAUACAAAUGCCAUGUCCCUAUUUGAGAAUGUUGUUCGUCUUAAUGAUGCCAUUGAAGAUGAAGAGAAACGCCUAGAAAAUUUAGUUAGAGGAGUUUUUGCAGGGAAUAUAUUUGAUCUUGGUGCAACACAGCUUGCGGAGGCUUUCUCCAAGGAUGGAGUGUCUUUUUUGUCUACAUGUCAAAAUCUUGUCCCUCGACCUUGGAUUAUUGAUGACCUUGAGACUUUCAAAGUGAACUGGAGCAAGAAGUCCUGGAAGAGGGUGAUCAUAUUUGUUGAUAACUCAGGUGCUGAUAUCAUUUUGGGUAUUCUGCCAUUUGCCAGGGAGCUCCUUCGUCGUGGGAGUCAGGUUAUAUUGGCUGCUAAUGAGUUACCUUCCCUCAAUGAUGUGACUUACUCUGAGCUAACUGAAAUUAUAUCAAAGUUAAAGGAUGAAGAAGGGUGUCUCAUGGGUGUCUCUACUUCAAAUCUUUUAAUUGCCAGUUCUGGGAAUGAUCUACCUAUUAUUGACCUUACAAGGGUGCCACAGGAACUAGCAUACCUCACCAACGAUGUAGAUCUUGUCAUCUUAGAAGGGAUGGGUCGUGGAAUAGAAACAAAUCUCUAUGCUCAGUUUAAAUGUGAUUCCCUCAAGAUGGCUAUGGUCAAACACCCAGAGGUUGCAGAAUUUCUUGGGUCACGUUUAUAUGAUUGCGUGAUCAAAUAUGAUGCAGUUUAGACUUUAAAUGAAGAGUGAUUAUACAUUUGCAAUUGGUCGGUGCUCAUUGACUUUGGGAAUUGAGAUUUAAUAUUAUUUUCAACCUAAAAUUUUAAGGUUGGCAAUCAUUUUUAUAUUUUACUUAACUUUCAUUUUGAUGACACGUGAAACUUUGUCUUAUGCAUGAACUCCAAAAAUUGAUUGAAUUAUAUAUAAAUUCAAUGAUUCAACUA